AUGAUCUUCUCAAAUGAAUGGAGAAAAGAACUGGCUGCCCUGUACCCUGCAGACAGCAACAAUCAGAUCAGCGUGAGACUUGGUUGCAUGUGGAGGGCCAUUGAAGGAGUGCACAAGGACGAGUAUUUUGCCCGCGCACGCCAGGCGGCCGCGGAGCAUAAGAGGAAAUAUCCUGAUUACGUCUACAUCCCUCAGGAGGCCCGCAUGCAGAAGCGCCUUCGGGAGCAGGCCUGCGAUAAGAAAUUGCGACGAACAAGACGCCAGUCGGUGAAGCGACGCCUCAUGACGGCCCAGACCAGCAGCGCCCGUCCCCUGCCUG